AUGGUCCUUUUUGCAACUAUAAACAGGCUAGCGAACCCCAACACGGGCGUGGGUCUCACGGGUUCGCGCAGAAGACGAAUAUUCGUCCCCCCAUCGACACAGCAACCGUUGUUCAGCUACGGCGCCGACGACGACCAGCGCUCCUUUCUUUCAUUAAUAGAAAACGGGUCCGAAUUCGAUGCAGAGGAAGAUGUAAGCGAUACAGCGAGCGUCUCGACGUCGCGCUCGCUACCGGACUCGUUCACGAGUAUCCAGACUUCAAGCGACCAGGAGCUGUUCCAAUCGUGGCUCGUCGAGGAACAUCAGCGGCGAUUAUCUGCUGCGCCGUCGCAUGAUGAGGAAGACCAGGUGUAUGAGGUACGUCCCGGUUGGGGCAGAAGGCGACCGAGCGCGGCGACGUCGUCGUCGUCGAAGAUCAGCAGGCGGAACUUCACCAAGCUUCGCACCAACCCCGUUCUCGAGGCGCAGGUGUUGAUGCGCCAUUCGUCACCUUUGAUCUUGACUUUUAUCCUUGAGCAUUUCUUCUCGGUGGUGUGCUUGAUUGUGGUGGGCAAAUUGGGCACGAAACAGUUGGCUGCUGUCAGCUUGGCGACCAUGACGAGCACGAUUACGUUUGCCAUUUUCGAAGGCACCGCCACGGCGUUGGAUACGCUAUGUCCGCAAGCUUACGGCGCGGGCAAUUUGGAGCUUGUGAGUGUAUUCGUCCAGAGAAGCUACUUAAUCUCACUUGCGUUUUUCGUCCCCUGCGGUGUCUUUUGGUGGUUUUCGGGCUCGGUGCUCAAGUUUGUGAUUGACGACGCCGAGGUUGUCCAUCUCACAUCCCAGUUUUUGCGGAUAUUGAUCUUGGGCGCGCCCGGGUACAUCUUGUUUGAGAAUGGCAAGCGGUUCCUACAGGCUCAGGGGAUCUUUGAAGCGAGCACGGGGAUAAUGUUUAUUAGUGCGCCCAUCAACAUUUUCGUCUCCUGGGUGCUUGUAUGGAACCCCCAAUAUGGCAUGGGGUUCAUUGGCGCGCCCAUUGCGGCAGUGGGCAACUUCUGGCUCGUGCUGAUCUUGCUUGUCGUGUAUGUCCGCUUCAUCGACGGAAGCAAGUGUUGGUUCGGGUUAGCGCUGGCGAGAGAGCUUUUCUCGCAUUGGGGGCAGAUCAUCUACUUGGCGAUACCGGGCAUCAUCAUGAUCGAGCUGGAGUACAUGGCGUACGAGAUCAUGACCUUGUUCGCGAGCUACUUCGGCACCAAGCCGCUCGCGGCGCAGAGCGCCGUCUCGAGCAUCGCCUCCUUGGCGUACAUGGUGCCCUUUGCUGUGAGCAUCGCUGCGUCUACACGAGUCGCGAAUUUCAUCGGGGGCCAAAACUUGAGCGGCGCCGUCACUGCUACAAAGACUGGCAUGCUCGGUGGACUCGUCGCCGCGAGCUUCAAUUGUUUCAUCUUGUUUACGUUUCGAUUCCAGUUGGCGCGCGUGUUCACCGACGACCCCGAGGUCAUCACUUUGAUCACCCAGCUCUUGAACCCGCUUGUUGCUAUCCUCCAGAUAUUCGACGGGUGCGCUGCUGUUGACUCGGGGAUCCUACGUGCUCAGGGAGCGCAAAAGCUCGGGGGGUUGAUUAAUUUCAUUGCCUAUUAUGCGUUUGCGCUACCCUUGGCGUUGAUCUUGAGCAAGAAUUUGGGAUGGCAGUUGUACGGGUUGUGGAUUGGUGUCGGGCUGGGGAUGUUUGCCAUUGCGGUGACGGAGACCAUUGUUAUUUUGUCUAGCGAUUGGGAUCAGAUUUUGUUGCGCGCCGGCUUACUUGAUGAGUUUGAGGAUGACGAUGAUGAUGACGACGAGGGCAUUAUAGGUGGAAUUUUUGGGUAA